UUGGUUUCCUCCAGGAUCACAGACUCACAGCGAAGCAGAAGGGAAAUCCACAUGAUGUAGAAACUGGUUAUGCGCAAACUCCAUACUGACUGCACGUUUACGAACGGGGAUAGGUUGCUUUUAGUUUCCAGUCACUUCCUGAUACAAGACUGUGUCUAUGAUUAUACCAUGACAAUAAGAUCACAGGCACCAAGCAGGUCAAACAGCGCUCUUAAGAAACAACUUUUCGUAUACUGAAUUUGGUAAAGUUGCUCAAUCGAAUCUGCUUACGGAUUGUCCUCAGUGAAGAACAUGGACUACUGGGCUGCUACGGAGGUGUACAGGGAGAUGAUCCUACUCUAUGUAGAGGAGGGUCGUAAGUUGGUCAACUCGAAAUGUGCCGACCUGGAGCCAUGGCAGAUCAUUGGUGCCUCCAUAGUCGCCACCCUAGGAGCUGUUUGGAUCAAAGGGAUUCUCUUCCAACCAGAGAGUCUGAUGUCACGAAUCAAGAAGCGGUGCUUUCGCCUCAUCAGAAAAAUACCCUACAUUGGCACGACAAUUCAGGGGCAGCUAAACAAGGCCCUGGAUGACAUGUCCCAGAGUCUGUGCACCCUAAAGGAGGGGAUGACCUAUACCAAAAGACUACCACCCCAAGGGCUCACUCAAGAGCAAGUCCUGCAGCGCAUUCAAGAGUACCAGACCCUGAAUGAGGUGGACUGGACGAGUGGCAAAGUAUCUGGUGCUGUGUAUUGGGGAGAUGAAACUCUAACCAAACUUCUAGUGCAGGUGUAUGGGGACUUUGCCUGGAGCAACCCUCUUCACCCAGACAUCUUCCCCGGGGUUAGGAAAAUGGAGGCUGAGGUCGUGCGCAUGACCUGUGAAAUCUUUCAUGGUGGACCAGAGACCUGUGGCACAGUGACCUCCGGAGGGACUGAGAGCAUCCUCAUGGCCUGCAAGGCUUACAGGGAUAUGGCCUAUGAACGUGGGGUCAAGCACCCAGAAAUUAUUGCUCCGGUCAGUGUGCAUGCUGCCUUUGACAAAGCUGCUCACUACUUUGGGAUGAAGCUGGUCCAUGUCCCCUUGGACAAGAAGACCAUGAAAGUGGACGUGAAGGCCAUGAAGAGAGCCAUCUCUAAGAACACAGCCAUGCUGGUGUGCUCAGCCCCUCAGUUCCCUCAUGGGGUCCUGGACCCCAUUGAGGAGGUUGGAAAGCUGGCUGAGCGCUAUAACCUCCCCCUCCACGUGGACGCCUGUCUGGGAGGUUUUCUCAUUCCCUUCAUGGAUAGUGCUGGAUUCCCUCUAGCGCCGUUUGACUUCCGGGUCAAAGGGGUGACCAGCAUUUCCGCAGAUACACACAAAUAUGGCUAUGCCCCCAAAGGCUCCUCAGUGGUGCUCUAUAGGAAUGAGAAUUACCGCCAUUACCAGUACUUUGUGGCACCAGACUGGCAGGGGGGCAUCUACGCCUCUCCCUCAGCGGCCGGCUCCAGGCCGGGGGGCAUUAUCGCAGCAUGUUGGGCCACCAUGAUGCAUAUGGGUGAGAAGGGCUACGUGGACACCACCAAGAAGGUGAUCCAGACGUCUCGCACUAUCGAGGCUGCAAUGCGUAAAAUAGACGGAAUAUUUGUCUUUGGGAAACCGGAGGUGUCCGUGGUGGCGAUCGGGUCAGAUGUCUUUGACAUCUACCGCUUGUCCAACGCUCUAACAGCCAAGGGGUGGAAUCUCAACACACUGCAGUUUCCCUCUAGCAUCCAUAUUUGUGUGACAGUGUUGCACACGCAACCUGGUGUGGCUGACCAGUUCAUCGGUGACGUUAGAGAGCUGGUGGGCAACAUCAUGAAGAACCCAAAGGAGAAAACCACAGGAAUGGGAGCUAUUUAUGGUAUGGCCCAGUCCAUCCCAGACCGAUCACUGGUGACGGAGAUUUCUCACGGGUUCCUGGACUGCCUCUUCAGCACAGAAGUCCUUAAAGCCCAGAACAACCACAUGAACGGCAAAGCCCACUGAGUGCUCCACCGGUGGGUCAGCAUCUACUCACCCACUCCUUGCCUUACACCCUUCGUCUUUUAAUCCGUGCUCUCUCGCUCUCCUCAAGGCCAGUCUCUCUUCCAAGCACAAAACCGCAAUAACUGAGGUUUAGUUAAUUAAUUAAUUGGUUAGUUAGUUAGUUAGUUAGUUAGUUUGUUAGUUUUUUAUUUUAUUUUUGAUAACUCAGAGUUAUCAAAAGACUGUUGUACAAAUGUGGGUGCGAAGGAACAUCAGAAAAUUUGUGCUCUGGAACGUGCUGCACCCUCAUCAAGUGGAUCCUCCUGAUGUGUUUGCUCACGAUGACCUCUUGAAUGGCUUGUUUUCUAGGAUUGUGAUUGUCAUCUGGUUCUUUUUGAAAGACAAAAAAAACUAGAUAAGGUCUGAAAAACAACCCUGUACCUUGCUCUAAGUCCUGAUUGUGGUAGUAAAAGAGGUGCAGGAUUGUCAUAGAUAUCAUUCAUCAAUAUCAUCGAAGUAUAUUAUUCUGUAAUAACAUUAACCAAACCACUCAUUUCAUUCAUUGUAUGUAAUAUAUGCUGCAGAUGCUGUACAAAUAACGUACAGUUCUUAUAAUUCUUUCAGUCUAAAUAAAUCAGUAAAAAUAACACACGUUAAUGGUAAGAAGACGACACAGGUCAGGCGUCGAUAUCCCCUUCUGCCAUUAACCAUUUUACACAAAAAUAGGGAUCCAUUUUAAGAAACGAUUAUAUUCUUUGUUUCUGUAGUGCUGUCCUAUAGUGAACUAAUCUGCUACUUCAAUCCCUGUUCUUUGCCCCAAAGUCAAUUAUUACUGUAUCUCUCAAGCACAACAGUUUUUGAAGCACUUAUUCAACUGAUGGAGUUAAUUUAUUUGCUUUCAAACUCUUAAAACUUUCUGUAUCUGACGCCAAAACUGACCCUUUGGCAACUGUUUUAGAAAGGUUCCUCGUGUUUCUUUUGUAAUUAAUUUGAGGGCUCUAGCCCAGAAUGUAUGGAGACACCCAGACUCAUUUCACCGUAUAGAAAUUGACCACUUUUAAUUGACGAUGCAUGGACACUUCAACACCCUGAGGGGAAAAACAAAACAAAAAUGUGUCAUAUAUGAUUCCACUAUAAUCCGCUUCCAUAUCUACCUCAUUUAGUAAUUCCAUAGUAUUGAGUCAUUAUUCCUUCCAAACUCUUUAUUUGUAUUUCAGAAAGACUUUGUCUGGCUCACUGUACUUUCUUGAUACGUAAUGUUUAGUGAGAAAUUAGUUCUUAUCCAUUAUUACACAAAACGGUUGUGGAAAACGGGAGAUAAAUCUGGUUUCUCCUCUUGAUCUAGCCUUUUAAGUCAGCCUUGGCCCAUCAGUAUCAUUGUCCUUUUAUUUUUAAUUUUUGUUUUUAUUUUCUGUGCAAUGGGUGAUUGAGUCAGCAUUAUUCCUUAGUUGUCCAAAGGGAAUAGCCUCUCAAGCAGGGAUGAAAUGUCCUAAUAGUGUGACAUUAUGGUACCAUUGAAUUGUAACUUUAUCUUUACUCUUUAGCUGUGUUUAAUCUGAAGGCUUCAUGAUGUUUUGUGACCACUGUGUGCGUUUUACAUAUUAUUAUUAAUCACUAACAACAUGUCUCAUUUCAAUUUUUGUAUAAUUAUUUGUCUGUGUGUUGCGUUACUGUAACGGUUUUUGUUUGGGCACAAUGGUGUGUGAACAACCCCCCCCCCCCCCUUGAAAAAAGCACCACUAUAUCUAUAUGGAAACAUUCACAAAUCUAACAACCAUCAGGUUUCAUCAGGUUUGUUUUGAAAAUCUCUUAUGAAUGUCUUUGUUCCCUAUGCAAUAAUCAAACGUUUAAAAGCUACUUAAUAAUGUAGGUGAGCUCUCUUACUGAUUGUGAUCAUUCCUUGUAGCAGUUCAGGCUGUGCAAUAGUACAGCUAUAACCGUGAUGCUGCAUUCACCUGUAUGCCUUGCCUUCCAGUCAGAAAACAUGCCUGUGUUGUGAGUGCUUUAGAGCUAAAACAUGGGCAUAGAUCCAACUCAGGGACAGGGCUGGCCCACACCACACCUGAAAACCGAUUCAGUGCUCUUUUAUAUGUCAUUUGUUGUUCCUUUUAAAAUCAUUAAAGGUUUCAUUUUUUGAAACUCA